GCAGGUUGGCGGUGGAUUCAAUAUUAAGGACGGCGACUUGUGAUUGGUCGGUCUUUAUAUUACUGGCAAUGUGAUUGGCUGAAUGAUUGUUACUUAGCAUCAACAGAAAUAGUUUACAUUCGCGAUAUCGAAUUGCCGUGUGUUGAUAAUGAAGUGUGUUAAUAAUCAAGUGCAAUUAUUUUAAAAGCUCAACAAACGGUGUCCUGUUCCUACCUAUCCGAUGCCAUUAUUUCAAAAGGAUUUUACAAUUUAAUAGAAUAUGUAAGCUCUGCACCAUGCAACAAGUAUCGCUAAGUUGACCCCAGAGGGAGGGUUAGUUCCUCCCCCCAAGCCCACCCCCCCUCCCACGCCCUGGGUGUUGACCCCUCUACCAGCCCCCACAGGUGUUCAAUGGCCGACCCAAAUGUAGCCAAGUUGACGGCCAGCCUAGAGGACCUGUCCCUGAAGAAGCAGCUACCUUUGAGACAGCAGACCCAGAAGCCCAUGCUAAAAUACAGCAACAACUCCAUCAAGCCCGUCCAGCUGUUCAACCAUGCUGACCUUGUUUCUGUGCGCAGCAAUGCCGAGGCCGCCCGCAACGCCUACAGCAGUCUGAGCAAUGCCUCAGCCAACAGCACCAUGCCAACGCCGUUCCGUUCCACCAUGAAACCGCCACCUAGUCCCCAGCAACUUCUUAAAGCAGCCACUGGUACUAAUGUUACGUCCACCUCAAGUGGAAAUGCUGCCCCAAAAUCUGCCACAACAAAGGGUCACAGCAACCCAUACGCCCGCCCGCUGAGUGCCAAAGACAUCGCAAGUGACCUUCAAUCACAGCAGCAGAAGAUCAAAAAGACCAACAGCGUAUCUCAGAUGCAAUCGGGUCCGAACGCCAUGUUUAAUAUCGGACCAGACGGAACGCCAGUAUUUGGUUAUCCAAUGAACGCGUUCAUGCGUCCCCAGAGUGCCUUGCGAAAGGAGACUCCUGCACAGACCUCCGGUGCGAAAUCUACAACAACGAAAAAAACUAGCGAGGAAACGACAGCAUCGAAAACUGGAGCGACAAAAUCUACCGCCACCGCGAGUCCUUGAAAAGAAAUUCCACCAACUAAGCUCGAACGGGAAACUGACCUUAGUCUGAAAGGUCAGUCAAAUAAUAAAGAAAAUAGUGGACCGAAGAAUCAGUUCGGACCGGCCUCAAAAGCAACACCUGCUUCGAGUAGCGCGCAGAUUUUAAAUCUGAGUGUUAAUGACCCCUCUUCUAGUCCUGUAAAGGUAUCUGCAGCCUCACAGACUCAAAAUAGCACCCUUGCAAAGAAUGUGGACUCAAGCUUGAGCUCGAUUCCCUUAACUCAAGAAGUGGGCUCGGAAAAUAGUUCAAAGGCUGUUGCGUACGCUAAACCAGUCUCUUCGCUGCCGCGUCCGGGUUCUGCCGUGAGAUCUG